AUGGCUACAGCUGAAGGGCCCGCGAGGGUGCAUGAUCGCAACGGUCGGCGCCGCCCUUUCUCGAGUUGGAUGAAGCGGCUCGCAAGCCUCAAGAGCUCUUCUGACUCUGGCCCACAUCGCUGGUCCAACAGGCGACACACAAGCUCCAAGGGGAAGAAGAAUGGAGGGCAAGGCAACAACCCGUAUCCACUGUCGGGCAUGCUCAACCGCCCAAACCAUAGCGACUCAUACUCCGAAGUCGACGAGCACGAUAGACAUGAGUCUCGAUCACGAAGUGACCCUUCCUUGGUGUAUUCGGGUUACGAAAAUCAUGUCCCCGCGACAAGCGCCAAGUCCACCGCCCCUACUGUGUCGACCAAUGGCGACACCGCGAUCUCGGAUGCAGGCUACUCCAAGUCAGGGACAAUGGCUACAGGGGGCGGGGGAUUGAGCUCGCAUGGUGGAGGUGAAGGAAGCACCUUCUCGUCGCCCGCGCAUUCGGUUCGCUCGAUGACUACCACUUUGACAACUGUGCAGUCGGCGGCCCCAUCUACCCAGUUGUACCCCUCGCCGAACACACACCAUGGACACACCCAUGGAAGUUCAACACAGAGUUCUGGGAACCAUCAGGUCCAGUUCUCGCAUCAAUUCCCUACCUCCUCCUCCUCGCCUGCUACCGCCGUACCCCCACACCUCAUCCCUCACAGCCAGUCGAUGACCUAUAGCACUGCCACGGCAAACAAUGCCCUGAACGAUAACGCCUCUAUCCUUACAUUGGCGAGCUCGUCCAAGCGUCGUCGCCGGAACUCCUUGGACACAAAUGCCUCUGUGCGUGCUUUGGCGCCCUCAUCGGUCUUUGGUGGAAGCCGCGAGAGCUUGCCACUGAGUCUGCUCAGCGGCAGUGUGGUUGAGCCGUCAAACACUUCAGCCUUCAAUGCUCAAGGGGUGCUGGCCCGACCGAGCAUUGUUGGGCUUGCGAGCGCUGAGCGCAUCAGUGUGUACUCCUCGUCUGGCACGACACCUUUGGGCAACGGUGGUGAACGAGGCAGUUUCCACCCCGCAAAGCAGAGCCAAGCUGGAGGUGACGGAGCAAGCAUUCGCAGUGGUGCACCGUCACAUUCUCGAAAUGAUAGCACAGCUGCUAGCAUCACUGGAGGCGUGGGUAGCCCGCUUGCCAUGGCCUCUGGCCGUGUCAGCCGCAGGAGCUCCGGCUGGGGCGAAAUCACUGACGAAGGCCACGAGGGGAAGACCGGCGACGCAAUGGAUGAGAAUUCGGCAUUCAAACCAGAGGUCUCUUUCAAUGAAGAGCCACAUGAAACCUGA